UACAACUACCCUUCAAACCGCGUGACUUUGAUAAUUUGCGCCCCAGUGGUUCAUUCGAAUUUUAGGUGAGUGAAUUUCUGCACUCUGGCAACUUCAUAUUGUUUCCCGCUGCGACACAGUUUUUGUAAUUUGCAAUUUUGGGAAGAUUCGAGAGUCAAAGACCUCACAUAUCAGUCUCUCCUAGACGCUUAGCGGAAUCUAAUGAUCCUAAGUGCAUGAUCUGGAAUAUCAGACGUUUUGACGUUUCCUUUUUUAACUGGUAUGCGGCCUUUCAGUGGAUAAUCGAAUUACAGAUUGCGCAGGUGAAUAAAGGUAAUUAACAAAACCGGCAAAGUGCCACACAGCUGAUAUGUCCACGAUACCUCACGCUAAAUAAGCCAACGAAAGCCGUGAAAGCGACCGUAUCAGCGAGGUGUGCGAAUAAAUAUUUCUAUUAGGAAAACCAGGAAGACCCAUUUAUCUACCUCACAGCAUCACCACACAAUUCAAGACAUUCUAUUUCACGUCGAUCGGUUCAAAAAUUCUACUGAUUGUUAGAGAUACCCAACAAUGUUUUUUGACGGUUACUGGUUUCACACAAAUCUCACAAGCAUGUUAUUUUACGUGUUUAUUUCACUUUGUACAAUCUUCGGUAACGUGCUCGUUUGCACGGCGUUCAUCAAAGAUCCGUAUCGUCAGCUACGAACGCUGCAAAAUUAUUACAUUGUUAGCUUGGGGAUUUCCGAUCUUCUAAUGGGGAUAGCCGCUGAAACUGUGCUUAUUGGUACUUACUGGAACGACAGCGAAUCGGUGUUUCUCGCUCAUUAUCUCUUCGCCAUCAUUUCUGGUGUAUCUUCUUUGUUAAACAUGGCUGCGCUGUCGAUCCACCGCUACUUCUGUGUCAAAAGACCCUUGAAUUUCCAAGAGGUGAUGUCGCGGCGACGGAUUUUGGUUUCCAUAGCGAUGAUAUGGACUUAUGCAGCUCAUUUCUCCGUUCUGCCGCUAUUGGGCUGGGUAGACGCCUAUUUCCAGAUUUAUUUGUACGGACUGGGCUGUUUUUUACCAAGUGUGAUUAUUUUCUUGGCUUACGGCGGGAUUUUUAAAUCAAUUCACGCACAUACGCAAACACUCAAACAGGGUCCUUCGAUUGGAAAUGCUGCGUUGAAAAACGCCGUGGCUAGGGAAAAAUCCACGACGAAGACGAUGCUUAUAGUUCUGGUUGUAUUUCUAUCGUUCUGGUUUCCAUUCCUUCUCGUUGACUUGAUCAUGGUUCAGUGUACCAGAUGCAGAUCGUUUGCGUUCCAUGUUACACGCGACGUUACGCUGACAUUAACCUACUUCAGUUCCUGUGUGAACCCUCUUCUUUACGCAUGGAGAGUCACGCAGUUCCGCAGGGCAUUUGCUCGCUUGCUUGGGUUGCAGAAAGUUAUGCUGAGGAGAAGCAAUAUGGUUUAUCCAAUAGCAUUAACGACGUUUAGAUCGCGAACAGAAGCUGAUCGUCAUAGGUCUUUUUACACAAAUGCAUUGUAAUCCACUCAUAUUCAUUUGGUGUU